AUGAAAAUGGAUGAGAUAUUUGUAAAUAUUGGAAAUGCAAUUAAUCAAUCUAUUAUUUGUGAAUGUAUUGAUGAAACGAAUGUUGAACGUCAGAUAUUAGACUAUAACUCAUUCUAUAUUAUUGCAUUUAUUGAAAAUCCAAUAAGUUAUGGUCGUCCAAGUCUUGGAUUUUGUAUCAACACGUCAUUGUCAUGUGAUGGAAUGAUGAAACGAUAUAAUUUACAUACUGAUGUAGAAUCAAAUGAAAGUACUGAAAUAAAAUUUUGA